CUGUAUUUUGGAAUCUGGAUGCUGGAACUGUUCAGAAGUGAUUGAGAAACAUCGAGGAGUUCCUUCCUGGAUGAAAGAGCGUGCUCAACGUCGGUGUAGAUGGAGGGGACUUUACCCAGAAGGCCGUGCGCGUGAGACAGUCCCCUAUGAACCGAGCGGGCGAAGCAAUCCCAGAAGGCGGCGGGGCGUGCAUGCGCAGCUGGUUCGCUACCCUCAGCAGAUUGUGGGCCGUGGAGGUGGAGGUGACACUAUGUCAGCUGCUUUUCGAAGUCGCCUGUUGCGGAUUGUACCUCAGCUGAUCAGCCAGCAGGACUUCUGUUUCUGCUCCUAUCUACGAUGUUGCAGAAAUGUGACCUUUGCACAAAGCUGCAGUCUAACCACUGCAACUAGCCAAGUAAAUGUGCAGAAACCCUUUGAAGAAAAGCGAAAAUCUGGCAAAACUCCAGUACUUCGCAACACAAGUAAAACCUGGGAAGAAAGGUUGGCUGAUGCUGUGACUCCACUCUGGAGAAUGAACUACGAGGAGCAGCUGCAGGUUAAAUAUGAAGCUCAGAAGAGGACCCUUCAGCUUUUAACUGCCAGCCUUCCCAGUUGUGCUAGGACAGAGGACCUGUGCUGCCCACUGCAUUCAACUCUCCCCUCGCCAGUUACUGUUGGGUAUCGCAACAAGUCAACUUUCUCCGUGAACAGAGGGCCUGAUGGCAAUCCCAAAACAGUUGGGCAUUACAUUGGAACUGGCAAAGGGAGAAAUAUUGUUUGUACUCAUUCAGAUCACUUGGUGAAUAUGCCCGAGAAACACAAGCAAGUGGCCAGAAGUUAUGAGCAGUUCAUCCAGCUUUCUCCACUGGAGCCUUGCAUCCUGUUCCAUGAAGGAGGACACUGGCGGGAAAUCACCGUUCGCACCAAUAGGAAAGGAGAUACGAUGGCUAUUGUCUACUUCCAUCCUCAGCAUCUAGAGAAGGAGGAAAUUGCCAAACAUCAGAAAUCACUGGUGGAAUAUUUUACCAUUGGACCGGGAGCUGCAUGUGAACUGACAUGUCUCUACUUUCAGGAGAGUUCAAUGACCCGCUGUCUCCAUGAGCAUUCACCAUAUCAACUCCUCUAUGGAAUUCCUUAUAUCUAUGAGGAAGUAUUGGGUCUGACCUUCCGAAUCUCUCCAGAUGCCUUCUUCCAGGUCAAUUCUGAGGGAGCAGAGGUCCUUUAUCAAACAGUUCGUGACCUGAUCAGGGUGGAUGGUGACUAUAUUGUGCUCGAUGUCUGCUGUGGUACAGGAGCUAUUGGCUUGACCUUGUCCCAAGGAGCAGCUAAAGUGAUCGGAAUCGAGCUCAUUGAACAAGCUGUAGAGGAUGCCCGGUGCAAUGCCAUUCUUAAUGGUAUUGCUAACUGUGAGUUCCUCAAGGGCAAAGCAGAGAUUGUUUUACCACAGCUGCUGCCCUCACUGGAGGAUGUCAAGUUCCUCAUUGCCGUUGUGAACCCAUCCCGGGCUGGAUUGCAUUACAGGGUGGUGCGAGCAAUUCGUAAUUGUGAGCAGAUUCGGCAGCUUGUGUACAUCUCUUGUAAGCCAGAGGGUGAAGCCAUGAGAAACUUUGUUGAACUGUGCUGUCCACCUGACCAUCAGAAGAAACUGUUUGGUGACCCCUUCACUCCAAGAGUAGCUGUACCUGUGGACAUGUUCCCACACACCUCUCAUUGUGAACUUGUGCUGCUGUUUGAGAGAUAAGCCCACAGCCACCCUUUUGAGAAAGGAGAUUGUUUUCAACAGCUCUACAGUUACUAGCCAGUGGAGCAAUGUUGCAGAAGUUAGUCAUUGGUUAUUGACUUUGGAGAGUGGAUUGGAAUGGACCUGAGCUGACAGAUCAUGAUACUUUCUCCAUAUUGGAGUGAUCAGAAGUAUAUUCGUGAACUUUGAAGUUCAUAUCUCGAAUGAAUGGUGAAUGAUUAUUUAUUUUUGCAGUUUUCUUACCAAACUUUUUAAAGAUGUUGCUGGAUGCCCAAGAACCUGUUGAUUCUCAGAUAUGGAAAUAUAUUGAUUGCAAUUCAAAUUGAAUCAUCUUAUACACAAGAGGAGCUAAUCCAACUGUUCCUGAAAAAUAUUGUUUACCAUUUAUUUUCCUUGCCUUAACACGCUUAUUUUGAAUCAAUUUUCUUAAGUAAAAUUAUACUUUGUUUGAGCAAGAUGAAAUUUGCUUGUAAGGCUCAAUAUUUGUACCAUAAUCAAAUAGUAAAAGUUAUGUCAUUAUUUUAAUGCAACACCUCACCUGCAUUUCCUACUGAGUGUAGGGUAGUUAUAAUGAUAGGCUGCACACCCAAUUUAAAUGGAUACAUCACAUGAAGCAUGUGCAAACAUGAAUGUCUGGAUUUUUGAAUAUUUUUCCAGAAUACUUCAGAAUAAAAGAAAACAAUUAUUUUUCAGUUAUGCAUUGGUCAUUUUCACUGGAAGAGUAAAUGUUGUACAAUUAAUCUAGACAAUACAAUUCAGGUGGCUGCACGACA